GUAUCGCUUGUUGUUGUUGUUGUCGGCAAAAUGGCGUCUGGUGGUGAGGCCCCGGAGUCCUGGUACCUCGCCUUGCUUGGUUUUGCUGAACACUUUCGAACAUCAAGCCCUCCCAAGAUUCGUCUUUGUGUCCACUGCUUACAGGCCGUCUUCCAGUUUAAACCGCCACAGCGGGUGGAGGCUAGGACCCAUCUGCAGGUCGGCUCGGUGCUCUAUCAUCAUACCAAGAACAGCGAACUCGCCCGAAAUCACUUGGAGAAAGCGUGGUUGAUAUCACAACAAAUACCACAGUUUGAAGAUGUUAAAUUUGAAGCUGCCAGCCUUCUGUCAGAAUUGUACUGCCAGCAGAAUCUUGUUGAUUCAGCAAAACCCUUGUUACGAAAGGCAAUUCAGAUCUCACAGCAGACGCCAUACUGGCAUUGCCGGCUUCUGUUUCAGCUUGCUCAACUACAUACACUAGAGAAGGACCUUGUUUCAGCUUGUGAUCUGUUAGGAGUUGGAGCAGAAUAUGCCAGAGUGGUUGGCUCAGAAUACACAAGAGCGCUAUUUCUCUUGAGUAAAGGAAUGCUGCUUCUCAUGGAGCGAAAGUUGCAGGAGGUUCAUCCAUUACUGACAUUGUGCGGUCAGAUUGUUGAGAACUGGCAAGGCAACCCAAUCCAAAAGGAGUCCCUGCGAGUUUUUUUUCUUGUACUUCAAGUGACACACUACUUGGAUGCUGGACAGGUUAAAAGUGUAAAGCCAUGUCUCAAGCAGUUGCAGCAGUGUAUACAAACUAUCUCCACGUUGCAUGAUGACGAAAUUCUGCCCACUAACCCUGCGGACCUCUUUCACUGGUUGCCAAAAGAGCACAUGUGUGUGUUGGUGUACUUGGUAACAGUGAUGCAUUCCAUGCAGGCAGGAUACUUGGAGAAGGCACAGAAAUACACAGACAAAGCACUAAUGCAGUUAGAAAAGUUAAAAAUGCUGGACUGCAGUCCCAUUUUGUCAUCGUUCCAAGUGAUACUUUUGGAACACAUCAUUAUGUGUCGACUAGUGACAGGGCACAAGGCCACUGCCUUGCAGGAGAUAUCCCAGGUUUGUCAACUGUGUCAACAGUCUCCAAGGUUAUUCUCCAAUCAUGCUGCUCAGCUACACACAUUACUAGGUCUUUACUGUAUUUCUGUUAACUGCAUGGACAACGCAGAAGCACAGUUCACAACAGCAUUGCGACUUACAACACACCAGGAGCUAUGGACGUUUAUUGUUACAAACCUAGCUAGUGUGUACAUUCGAGAAGGAAACCGGCACCAGGAGCUCUACAGUCUAUUGGAGAGGAUAAAUCCUGAUCACAAUUUUCCUGUGAGCUCUCACUGUUUGCGAGCAGCUGCUUUCUAUAUCCGAGGUCUUCUUUCCUUCUUUCAAGGACGGUACAAUGAGGCCAAGCGAUUUCUGCGGGAGACCCUUAAAAUGUCCAAUGCUGAAGACUUGAAUCGAUUAACUGCUUGUUCUCUUGUCCUUCUUGGUCAUAUAUUCUAUGUGUUGGGAAAUCAUCGGGAGAGUAAUAACAUGGUAGUGCCUGCCAUGCAGCUUGCCAGCAAGAUCCCAGAUAUGUCUGUGCAGCUUUGGUCUUCUGCAUUGCUCAAAGAUCUAAACAAGGCAUGUGGGAAUACGAUUGAUGCACAUGAAGCAGCCCAGAUGCAUCAGAACUUCUCCCAGCAGCUCCUUCAGGACCAUAUUGCAGCCUGCAGCCUUCCUGAACACAACCUCAUUACUUGGACAGACGGCCCUCCUCCAGUGCAAUUCCAGGCUCAGAAUGGCCCAACCACCAGUCUGGCAAGUCUUCUAUGAGAGAUGCCUAACCUCUGUUGGCAGACAUACUUCAUGGUUGGAACUUGUGUUGCCAGAGGUUGGAAUCUAAACAACUUUAAUGUUUCACAUCUGGUUCUUGGAACAGUAGCUGGCAUAUGGAAAUCCUUCUGCCAGGAGUCUGGGUAUCAAGAAGUCACCCGCGCAUGCCUUGCUCAGGGAAUCUUUGUCAGCCUUUGGCCUAGCAGCUGCUUCCAUGGAUCCAUUAUGGAGACGUUUAUCCUACAGGUGUUGCUUGUUAUGAUGCCAGCAAGGAGAAUCCCACCUCAAACCAAGGGUUGCAGCACAGGUGUCAAGUCACCUAACACUGCAGGAUUGUUCUGGACCAGGAACCAUUAGAAGAGGAAAUGAAGCCUUUUCAAAUAAAGUGUUAUUAAUGGGUGGUGUUUCAGACUCUCACUAGAAAGCGGGUUUUACUUAGUAACAUAAUAAUAAUGAAUGAAACAGUUUUAAUACCACUUUACGCCUCUUGCCACAUCAGAUGUUUGCUUAAUUUUCUGCAGAUUGAACUUCUUAUUUAACUACACUUUGAUGCAUAUUGCAUUCAAGCAUUACCAUAGUAAGAAGAAAUCUCCUCGAUAAACUGAUCAUUCAGUAAGUGCGAACUUUCUUCCACUGUCCCACCAAGUAAGCUUUGGCACUUCCUGUUUAGAAUCAAUUACCUAAGAAGAAUGUGUUCUAUGGCAAACAAAUUUUAUUUAAAGCAUUUGUUUCUCCCUUUCAUCUAUUCUUAACUGGAAAAAAAAAGUCUUGCCCCGUUCCUGUAAUUGCAUUUGAAAUGCUAUUUUUGUGUUUUAGGGAUGGGAAAAGGAUAUUUUAUAAACUGCAAUACCAAUGUAGCACAAUUUCUAUUUUGCAUCUGUUUUAAAGCCUUACUUGGAAAAGAAUUUUGUCUCAUUUUAAAGCAAUUUGGGAAUUUUGAAUCCUUACUGGAUGUAAUCCCACCUACACACAGCUUGGGAGAAUUACAGCACUCACCUAUUACCAACAGAGGAAACUAUUUAUUGCAGGAACUAAUCCCUUUGUGUGACAAUAAGGUCCAGCGUACACAUCAGAUUUUUUUUUUUUUUUUUUUUAAUAAGCAAACAAUGGAUGGAUUGGUUUGGGGUCUGGUACUGUUCAUAGAAUCCCCCUUUCCCAGUACAGGCCAGUCUGUCAUUACUUGCCCCCCAGCCAGUUCCUCUCAACCUGGACUGAUGUGUAAUUUUUUUUCUUAACUGUACAGAUAAUGGAGAUACAACAAUAUGAAUAUCUUGUUCAUUUUUCCCUGUUGAAGGUGCCUGUUCUGCUGGAUCCCUGCUGUUUCAGCAAAAGGAUGAGACAUUUUGUGGGGGGUGGGGGGGACUAUUUUAAAUUUUGUAAAGUUUCAUAAUUUGUAUACUGCAGUUAAUAAUGUAAUUAAUCAUUUUAUUUUUACUUUUUCUCUUCUGAAAAUAUUUACUGUGUAGUUUGUAUAAAGAUGUGUUACAAAAUAA